AUGUUUGUGAAAUUAUGUGGAGAGAAAGUCACGGAUGCAGAAAUGUUGGAGAAAACAUACUCUACUUUUCAUGCAAACAAUGUUGUCCUGCAGACACAAUACCGUGAAAACGUUUUCAAGAAAUAUUCUAAAUUGAUAUCUUGUCUCCUCAUGGCUGAGCAAAAUAAUGAGCUAUUAAUGAAAAAUCAUGAAUCACGUCCUACUGACUCUACUCCAUUCUCUGAAGCGAAUGCAACAUCUCAUAAUGGGAAAGAGUCUAAAAACAAACACCAUUCUAGCAGUAAUGAUCGAGGUCGCGGUCGUAGUCAAUUGCGUGGCCGAGGUCGUGGACGUGGAUCUGGUAAAGGUCGUGGAGGUAAUUCAAAUUGCCACAAGAAGUGGAAACGUAAAGAUAAUAUUGAUGAAAAGGGAAAAAGUGAGACCAAUAUGUGUUAUCGUUGUGGAGCAAAAGGUCAUUGGUCUCGAGUGUGUCGUACACCAAAGCAUCUUGUAGACCUUUAUCAACAAUCAAUUUAUAAGAAAGGAAAGAAAGUGGAAACUAAUUUGGUGUACGAGGAUGGCGAAGGUGAUUUCGAUUAUGGUGAUGCAACCCAUUUAAUUAGAAGUUGUUGA